UGAUAACUUGUUCCAGUUCCUCAAACCCUCGCUUUCGCUUUCCUGCAGUUUGAUGGGCCCCUUGCUGUUCUCCCUGCUUCAGGACUUUCUUGCACUCUGUAGAAGACAAAGAGGCCAAAAAAUGGAGAACAGAAGAAAAGUGCUUGCUGCAAUAAUUUUCACAGCUGCCUGCAGCAAAGUGGCCGCAAAGGAUACAAGAUUACUGGAUGUCCAAGAGACCACAGAUGUUGUGGAUGACCAGUACAAAGGAUGUCGUGAAGAGGCCAUGAAGAAGUUCAUCGAGUCAGACGUGUUAAAACAAGAACUAAGCAAUAGUGAAGGAUUUCAGAAAGCGUGGAAUAAAAGUAACGAAUGUUCAAAACAGAUCCCUCAAGGAAGAAAAGAGCAUACUGCUGCACUUUCAGCCUAUCUUAAAGGAGACCAGCCUUUCAUACUAACACUGAACAAAGCAAUAGAGACAAUGGGUGGAAAUGUUAGCAUCUAUAAAAACCGAUUCCAAUUCAAGUCUCUUCAUUUCCUGCUGAUGGACUCCAUGAGGCUGCUGAAGCCAAAGGAGUGCAAGAACUUUUAUGUUUUUCAAGAUGGUAAAAACAAACCACAGAAAGGCUCCACAGUGAGAUUUACAAGUUUCACUUUAGCUUAUUCAGACUAUGAAGAGCUAAAGAGACUUGAAGAUGUCAAUGAGAGUACUAUUUUACAUCUCACUUCUUGUUUCUUUGUCAACCUGAAAGACUAUGUGUGCGGUCAAGGACAGGAUGAAAUACUCUUGUCUCCAGCAGAAGUUUUCACUGUGCAACGAGUAGAGACAAAAACUACAUCGGAUGAUGACGAAUACCUUGAGAUUGUUUUGAAACAGUCGGGACUGAACAGCUCACACAACUGUUACAUGUUUUCACGGUCUCCACAAGCUGUUGUCUCCACCUUGUGGCUUGUAUUAGUGUUUGCAGCCUUAUCCUUAUCUGUUUAGUAAAAACAGUUAUUGUUUUCUACAAUACUGCUUUGCUUAUUUGUGUAAUUGUUUUGCAUAGUUUAUAUGGCAGAAUGUGGUAUCUGUGAAAUAUAAUCAAAUAUUGUUUCCUGGUUCUGUUGUAUUAUGAAGUCAUGUGAUUGUAUGUCAACAAUGGUGAUUGGAUGUCUAAAGAUAAAAGUGAAAGAGGGGAGAUGCAAAUGGGUAAAUGAGUAUGAAAAGCGAGCUUUUCUCCUGUUAAAUUGCUCUAAUAAAAUAUCCAGGAUUCAAAAAGUCUAAAUUGUGGACAUUCUUUUUUUUUUUUUUAAAGUAAAGAUAAGUAAAGUAGGAUACCGGACCUGCAAGGCUACCUAGCGCCAGAUACUUUAUCAGAGUAGGCAGGAUAGAUAGGCAGAACUGGGUGAAUACUUUCACCCUUUGGCUCCAUCCUAGCUCUGCACUGCCUUCUGGGUAGUAUCGAUGGGAUCAGAGACUAGACUUUUUAAACAGAGAGCCAGUCCAGAUUUUAAGUACUGGGUUCCACAGAUCAACACAAUGAUGUGACAGACAGAUAACAUCAUACAGAAAAUAAUUACUUCAAGUUAUUACUGCUAAAGGUGGCUUAUUUGUUUUUGCAUGUAAUUGUGCCCAAAUAUCAGUAAAAUAAAUACCACUGGUAAAGUUCCACAUAUACUGAGUAUUAAAGAAUCUGCUCUCACUGGUUAGUUGAAAUAAUUUUUAGUUCAAACCUCUCACAGGAUCACAUCGUUUUUUUGUUUACACAAAUAAGCUCACUAGUUUCAAGUUACUAAACAAAACAACAAGGAUAUAAACUUUGUACAAUUUGUUGCAAAUAUUCAGACUUUUUGGUGUUUUAAGAAAACAUUUAAAACUCUCAGAAAGCAUUCAUGUAAAAAUAUAAUGUGUUAGAUAUAACCCGAUAAAAAAUGAUGCCUUUUAUUGGGUCUCUGUGCAGCUUGAUGUGAAGGGUCACGUUUAAUCUUUAGGAGAAGGCAUUAUGCGUCAUUCCUGUUAGAAGUUCAUAAAGACACCACCACUACAUGUUAGAGUGCAAACUUAAUCUUCAACCAGGUAACUUAAAGCAGUUUGGUAAAGCAGGAAAAAUAUCUCCCAUGAGGCUCCUUGCUUGUUAUCAGGCUGCUUGUCCCAGGCUGCAAGCAUGUGGUUUGAUGUAGCCUGUUUUAAAUGAUAGCCCUCCUUGAGACAAGCACCUUGGACUUUUCGACUGAUUUUACCUCUUUUGCCACCAGGGAUCUGGAGUCCCAUGAAAAAUAUAUCACUUUCGACCCCGCCACUUUAAUACUGCAAACAUGGAUCAAUUUUCUGUUUAGAAAGAAGAUGAGAAGAUGUUUAGAAGAUUGAUGAGAUAUGUGUUAUCCAUUUAUAGUGUUAUUAGAUUUUCUUUUUACACUGACUGGUACAUAUGUGUAUACUUUUUGGUAAGUAAAUUUAAAUUCUCAUCUAUUAAAUGGUGUAAAAGAAAAGAAAAACUUGUAUUUUUAUAUAAAGUAUUGGCAAAUAUAACUUAAAUAAUCAUUUGGAUAUUAAUUUUCUAACAAAGUCUAGCAAAAUAAAAUAUGUUUCUGAUUUGAGACCUAGUGAAGCUCAAAUAGCUUUUAAACUGAUUUAGCUUACUGAAAGAUCUCACCACCUGCAACAGUCACAGUGUGCAAAAUAUAUGCAGUUGCACUUACACUGCUCUUUUUAUGUGGCUUAUAAUGACAAUGUAUUAUUAUUACAAAAGACAACUCCCCUACUUUAGGUAUCAGUGGGGCUGGCUCAUGUCAGGACUAUGGGAUUAGAAACAGCUAAGACUGAGCCAGUGGUUUGGUCUGGCAGCAGGUCAGAUGAUGGAGGAAAAAGUGAUUUACUAUUCAUAUGUACAAAGGGUCUGCCAGCACCAAUUACAUGUUGGGUUAAAUAACACACAAACACACUAUUUUCUGUUCAGCAUGUUGAAGCAUGCUAACUAAGACUAGAAAAGGUUUUGUGUGUGUGUUAAAGUUUUUUAGGAGUAAAAUUGAGGUGUUACCAACUGCAUACAUAUCUGUGACUAUUCCUGAACCUAAACAGUUUGUGUCAAGGCAGUGUUGGUUGGGAGCACCUUGAGAUGACUGUUCUUGUGACUUGGUGCCAUACAAAUCACAUUUAAUUGAACUAAGCAUAAAUUGAAUAAUGUCUGGUCUCCUAUAUGUGAUGCAAUAUCUACCAUAACCACGACAAUGAAAAGAUUACAUUUAUAAAUAAGUGUAGUUUCAAAUGUAUUAUGUAAUAUUUAUAAUUGUUAUAGUUUGUAGGCACUUCGCUUGGUUAUGGUUUCUACAUUCAGUUUCCAACGCUCUAUCUUGCGUUAGUCAGAUUCAUUCAUAAUUAAAACAUAUUUUAUACUAUGAAUUAUGUUUGUUUGUUUUUUAUUAUGACGGAAUCUGG